AAAAUAUAUUAGCCACGUAGUCAUCGUGUUUAGAAUGACGUAAGAAUAGAAAAACAAGAAAAAUUGGCUGUAGUGUUCCUCAUUUAACUCGUGGUGGUGUCUUUAUCUGGCGUUGGACUGUCUUCCAGAGCCAAGGGUGAACACAGAGGCAUGCGUUGAAGGCUGUUGAAUACUGCUACAACCUACAGCACACUUCCAGUUCACUCCAAAUACUCAGCACUGCAGUGCAGCACACAUCACGGCCAGCAGCACGCCAGCCCUCCACACCAUCUGCCAGGAUGCGGAGAGCUCAGAAUGCACCUCAGGGAGGCCCUGCGCAGCACCCGUAUGGCCAGAACAGCGACUCACAGUACCUGGCAGAAGAGAACGAACACCUCACCACACAGCUCAAGGAUAAGGUCAAGACACUCAAGUCGGUGAGCAUUGAGAUCCGGAAUGAGGUGCGGGGACAGAACACCAUGCUGGGGGAGAUGGAUGAUGAGUUUUUCCGCUCAGGCAACCUGCUGGAGAGAAGCAUGAAGCGUCUGGGCCUGAUCAGUAGAGGCUCCCAGCACUGCCACCUCCCCAUCCUCUUUGCCUUCUGCUUUGUUGUCUUCCUCCUCCUCUGGGUGGCUCUCAAGUUUAGGUGAUGGACGUCAAGUCAUUAUGAUCUUUUUUAAUCUGUUGUGGCUUCCCUACCCUUUCCCUGAGGUCCAAGGCUGUAAGUUAAGGUUCCUUCAUGUGUUAUGUGGUUCCUCUUAAUGUCUUGUUGGCCUGCAGUGUUUGGUGCUCCUCUCAUGCUGCUGGUCUUUGUGGUUCUCUUGUUAAAUUGUAACUUGUUCAUGUUUUUGAUUGGGUUGGUGUGGCUUUUGGCUGGAUUUAAAAGCCUUCUCUUGGUCUUGUUUUUUUUUUGUUGUAUUAUUUGGUUAGUUUCACUUGCUGGUUAGAGAUUUCAGCUCAGGUUUUCAUGUACAUAUAUUUCUUAUGGGCCUUUUCUUAGUUCGUUGAUCUCACUGACUUGGUAAAAUCUCCCUUCUUUCUAUAGUUCUCUGUAGUCUUUAACUUGCAUUAAUGUAACUCUUUUUGACUUUAGACUCCUUGAUCAGUCAUACUUUUCUUAGAGCUUGUCUUUAUUGUCUGGUUCCCUCAUUCAUAUUUUCUUCAUAGUCCUUUAUUUAAUUUCAUGAGGUAAAGUAAAUGCAAUCUCAAAAGCCACUGAGGAAAGGGAGGAUUGGGUUUUUUGUGAGGGUUUCCGGACAUGGGGAUGAAGGCACCACAGACUCAUGUCCUGUGUUCCUCUUGUGUUAUAUCAUGGUUUUAGCAAUUGUUGUAGAGCAUCAGUUUUUAUGUAGUAAGGCUUGUUUCUGAUGUUGUAGUGAGGGUGGAUGUGGUGUGGGAGGAGUUUUGGUUUCUAGAUGUGAUAAAGAGGUGCUCAAAGUGAGAUAAAGAGCCAAGACUGUUUCCUGUGAGGCGUGGUAUGUUUUCGGUCUCCCCACAAGUAACUGCUAAUGAAUCAAGUUGUCAGACUAGUUUUGCCUCUUUUUGUCAGUAAUAGGAGUUUCCACACGGGAUGGUUAGCUGAGGGUUUGCAAGUCCCUGAAGUAACCCAUUGAGAUGUGGUCUGUCUGCAGUCUUCCCAUAAAUGACUGUUGAUCCAAGUUCUGGCAAUCCUGUUUUGUUUCUAUUUUUGUCUCAGUGAGGAUUUGCCACUUCCUGAAGUGAGGCAAGAGCACACGUGUGGCAUGUUUCCAAAUGGUGAGUGAUGUUGAUAUCUCGUGCAGUCAGCCUGACUGCACUGUUGCUCCAUCUGUUCAGUGAUCACUAAAUGUAAUGUCUUGCCAGCAAUUUGUCAGAUGAAAUGUUAGGGCUGCUCAUGUCACUUUUAGCCAUGUUUAUAUGAAGAUUAUUUUUUAUAUCUAAUAAAUGAAUGACUUUA